AUGUCAGGCUCAAAUACCGACAAGGUACAGGAGAACCUCAAGAAGUUUUCCGCGGAGAACAUCGAUGCUUAUAUCCAGGCAUCUACGUUUACUGAUGACAUCCAAAAUUACAAGGCCUGGUUCUUCUUCCGCAAGCUUGGAGCUGACUGCUUGCGAUCCAAUGUGUCACUGCACGGUUUUGCAGCGCUUUGGAAGCGAUCUGUCCAAGAGGCCGUUGCUGAUGCAACCUGGCUAGAGUCGUACCUCCCCGUCUAUGCGGCCCUGCAGACUGAGAAGGAAAUUCUCGAAGAUCUUCACCGUCGAUGUGCCGCUGCAGAGAAGGCCGGUGAUAACGCACUGGAAGAUGUUAUUGAGAGUCGCUUCUUGCGCAAGGAGACGCGCCAUGUAAAGGACAUGGGCUACUUGCCGCAGCAGUGUGUACGUAUCAGCAAGCAGGCUGGUCACGGCUUGUAUCAUCUUGACAAGGAGCUUCGUGCUAACAACGGAGUUGUGCCGUGGGCAAGCUUCAACGACCCUGACAAGUCUGGCGAACUACUUCGAGGUGUUGUUAAGGACCUUUACAAAGCUGCGGUCUAG